CGGACUAUGGAGAUUUCAUGGCGAUAAUUCUACAACACUUACUGCCAACCCGGCCCGCGUGAGAGAUCUACGCCUUCUCUGACUUUGUCGUCGUUGUGUUUUUGAUAGCCUUCCACUGUUGUGGUUCUCGACGCCGUCUAUACCCCCCUCGUCAUGUCCUUCCUACUCAAGCAAUCGGCUUUGCAAGCCGUGCGUGCUUCAGCUGCACCAGCUCCCCUCCUCGCCAGAUCCCAGUCCAUCUCUCUCGCUCGAUUACUAUCCACACUUGCCAUCCUCGAACAAAGGGAUGGACAGCUCAACACAGGCUCUUUGGGUGCUGUCACAGCCGGUCAGAAGCUAGGAGGCUCGGUGCACGGGUUCGUGGCUGGAAAGGGCGCCAAAUCCAUUGCAUCAGAAGUUGCAAAGGUCAAGGGCUUGGAAAAGGUGGUCGCAGUCGACAGUGAUGCAUAUGAUCGAGGCCUCGCCGAAAACUGGGCCCCAUUACUGGUUGAAAACAUUAAGAAAGGCGGCUACACACAUGUCAUUGCUGCACACUCAGCGUUUGGCAAGAGUUUGUUGCCCCGCGUGGCCGCGUUGUUGGAUGUGCAACAAAUUUCCGACGUCAUGUCGAUUGAGGGUGAAGAUACAUUCGUGCGACCUAUUUACGCCGGCAAUGCAAUCUUGACGGUCCAAAGUACCGACUCAGUCAAACUACUUACUGUCCGACAAACCUCGUUCCCUCCAGCGGAGACAGAGGGUGGUUCUGCUAGUGUGGAAGAAGGCGUCGAUCCCAAGGUGGAAUCUCCAACCGAAUGGGUUUCGGAGCAUCUGGCCAAGUCUGACAGGCCCGAACUUGCAUCAGCCUCCAGGGUCGUGUCAGGUGGACGAGGCCUGAAGUCUAAGGAAGAAUUUGACCGAUUGAUCACACCGUUGGCGGACGCUCUGGGAGCUGCCAUUGGUGCUUCGAGAGCUGCAGUCGACAGUGGAUUUGCCGACAAUAGUCUGCAGGUGGGCCAGACCGGGAAGAACGUUGCACCUCAGCUCUACUUGGCAGCAGGUAUUUCUGGAGCGAUCCAGCAUUUGGCUGGUAUGAAGGAUAGCAAGGUCAUUGCCGCCAUUAACAAGGAUGCCGACGCUCCUAUUUUCCAAGUCGCUGAUGUUGGCUUGGUUGGUGAUCUAUUUGAAAAGGUGCCAGAGUUGACCGAAAAGUUGAAAUCAGCAUGAGCCAAAUUCAAACAGGGAAAAGGUACCAAUUGGAAUGGCAAUGUAAAUCAAGGAUAGAUUGGAACACAUGAAUCAUACGAGUUCAAGGAGUAGUAAAAGCAUGUGCAGGGAGGCAGGUAGCAAUACUACUUGUGAUUUAUGCCGGCAAUGGCACAGCUCGCUUGUUGGCUAAAC